GUCGCGGCUGACAGUCCAGAUUGCAGUGCAAAGGCAGAUUAGUGUCGUGCGUGUUUUUCUUCGGUAGGAUCGUUUUUGUUCAAAAUUUCGUGAAAAUGAAGGAGAAAAAUCGUCACAUAUCCAUGAAAACCAAAACCGCCUGGCGGAAGAACAUCAACAUUUCGGAUGUGGACACUUUCCUGGAGGAACAACGGCAGGAAGAGCGUAUCGGUACUGUUGCAGAUAAAUCGGAUGCCGAGCUGUUUAUGUCCGAAACGAUCCCGUCGUCGGCCACCAAGAGUCUGAAGAACGCACGCAAGGACAAAUUCUCCGCCGUUCCCAAGUAUUGCAUCUCGUUGGAAAAUAGCUCCAAAGUGCAGGAUCCCAUCGUCAAGCGCAAUAGGGUGACCAACGAGGCGAAAAUAUCCAAAAGAACUUCCCAAGCGAAUCGGCUGGAGCAGAAAAAGCUUAAAUCCCUCGUCGCUAAUCGCAAGUCAGCGCGUGCUCUCAAAACUGGCUUCAACAAGGACAUCUGGGCAGAAGAACCCGUUCCGGCGGAAUUGAAACAUGAAUGGUUCCCGGAACAUGUAGUGCUGCAUCACAUGAAGAAUACCGGAAAGCCUCUGGUCAAGGUUGCGGAAUCAACGCAUGCCAAACCCAAUGCAGUUCGCAAUGUUGAGAUACCUGUGAGUGGUGCAAGUUACAAUCCAUCCAUCGAUGACUACAAUGAGCUGAAACAGACGGUGGUGGACAAGGAGCGGAAGAAAAUCAAACACAGCGAGCAUUUGGAUCGGGUCGUGACCCAAAAGUUCCUCAAAAUGUCAAAGGAAGAGAGGGAAAGCAUGGUGCUCAAGGAAAUGUCCGAGGGUUUAUUCGAAAAUGCAGAUAAAAACGUUGCCAACGACGAAGAAGAGGACAGUGGCAAUGAAUACUCUGCGAUCAACCAACCGGUUCAGAACAAAAAGAAAAAGCGAAGCGAGAAGAACCGACAAUUCCGGGCGGUUACCAGGCGAAAUUUGGAAGCCACCACCAAGGUGGAACUCAAGAAACUAAAGGACAUCAACAAGGUGAAGGAACUGAGUUCGGAGCUUAACAAACGGGAAAAGGGCGUGGAAAAGAAGCGGGAAAACCGCGCCAAACGUAUGGAAGAAAAGCUGCAAAAACCUGGCCGAGUGGCGUACAUGCAGUACGAAGAACCGGAGGAAGACUUCGUGGAACCUACAGAGCUGGCAGACAGUCUGCGGACGCUGGCGCCGCCAAAGAGUCUUGUAGCGGAUAGGUUUAAGAGCUUCCAGAAGCGGACCCUGAUUGCACCGAAGAAACAUCGCGACGGUAUUCCACGCACCAACAGGUCGACGCUCAAGAAGUGGAAACGGUACACGCUGAGUACGCAUAAAGAGACGCCGUAAUGGCUGGUUUGUUAUUGCUGCGGGUAGGUAGGUUACAUUUUGCAUUGCAGAUGAUUGAAUAAAGUACAUAUGCUAUGAA